AAGACGAACAAAUGGAAAGAUGGAAAAAGAGAGGAACGGAGGAGGAGGCUCUGCUCUUAAAACCCUAACGUACCUCCGAUAAGGCCGCGCGUCUUAGCCGCCCACAGUCAUCUUUGUGCUCUCUCUUCUUACCAUGUCUGGAUUUGCCGUUAAACCCGGCCUUAAGGAAGAAGAGGAGCUACCUGUUGUUGAAGCUAUCAAGGAUUUCCCUCCCAUUGAUUCCUAUCUGGAUUUCGAUUCCUCCAACUGGUUGGGGAGUAAUAACUCGAAUAUUGAGGAGGAGUUUAGCUUAGAGGAUACGGACUUUGAUUUCUUCGAGGAACACAUGGAGAUUGGUCAAGAAGGUGUUACUGUUAGCGAGGAAACGCGUACGCUUGUGUCUGAGUCCAUUGAGGUAACGUCCAAGCUUUGUUGUGGAGUUUCUGGAGUGAGCUCGAUUAGUUCUGAGUCGGUGAUUGAUGUAAAGCCUCUGCUUUGUGGUGGCAUGUCUGCAAAUUUUGGCGGGGUAGCUGAACCAGCUGUGAAAGAGUCAGAACCUGUUGUUUCUAAGGUCUCUAGGCCAAUGGAAGAUGACAAGGGGGAAACUAGUUCUGCUGAGUCUGAGAGCGAAACCUCCAGCUCUUCUUCCAGCUCUAGUGCUAGUAGUAGCAUUGAUGAGGAAGAAAGUAAUAAGGAAAAGAAGUUUGAAGAUCAGAUGGUGAUGGGGAAAGAGGAUGAUAUGGCAGAAGAACUUGAAGAGGGUGAGAUACGGAGUGUAGAUGAGGAGCAUGAGGCUGAAGAAGAUGAUGUGAAUGAGAUGGUUGCUUGGAGCAAUGAUGAGGAUGAGGACCUUGGUUGGCAAACAAAUGAACCUAUAAGGAUAAAUAAUGAGCUCAAGGAGCUUCCUCCAGUUCCACCUGUGGAUGUCACUUUGGAACCACAUCAUGUCAUGCUUCCUGUUGGAGUUGUUCUUUCGGUACUGAGCACACCACUGACACAAGUAAUAGUGGAGGGAAUGGAAAAGCAUAGUCCUUUGGCCGAAGGUUCUAUCCUAUGGAUAAGUGAAAGAAGAACGCCAUUGGGACUGGUGGAUGAGAUCUUUGCACAAGUUGAGUGCCCUUACUAUAGUGUGAGGUUCAAUUCAGAAAACGAAGUGCCGGAGGGGGUUAGUGAAGGUACACCUGUCUCAUUCGUUGCUGAGUACGCUCAGCAUAUUCUCAAUAUCAAGGAACUGCAGAAGAAAGGUUACGAUGCAUCAGGAGAUAACGACGAGGAGGUAGCAGAGGAGCUUGAGUUCUCAGAUGAUGAGAAAGAAGCCGAAUACAUAAAAAUGCAGAAGAUGGAAAAGAGAGGGAUGAUGGAUGACCAAAAAGAUGGUAACGCAAGAAACAAGAAGAAGAAAAACAAUGAUCUCGGAACGUCUACAAGCAAUGACUCAGGGGAAUGGACAGAGAACCGUGGGUUUAGUUCUUUAUCCUCCAACCGUUCUGAUCCUCAAAUGGGUGAUCCGGUUUCGAACCAUCAGCCACGACCUCAGAUGGUGGGUUUUCCUCCAAACGGUGGAGGAUGGAGACCCCAGAGUAAUCAGCAGAACUCACAUCAGUUUCCUCCUAUGCCUAGUCAGAUUGCAAUUCCCAAUCUACCACCACCAAUGCAGAGACCUAUGAUGGCAAUGCAAAAUCAAAUGAUGUUCCGACCACAGUUCAAUGGUGCCCAGUUGCCAAUGCCUGCUGGACCGGGUGGCUUAAAUUUUUUUCAAGGACAGGCUACAGCGCCAUGGCCUGCAUUAGUUGGUCAGAACUGUUUCAACCAACAGCCGUUUGGGAUGGGUCGUGGUAUUCAGCCACCGCAGUUACUGAAUGAGCUGAUUGUUAAUCUGUUGGCUUCUCAAGGUCUUCAAAUGCUGAACAACAGACCACAGUCUCCAAUGAACCCACAGUUGCAAAUGCAACCGCAGUUUCCUAUGAACCCUCAGUUCCAAAUGGCUGAACAACAGGCCACAGUCUCCAAUGAACCCACGGUGCCAAAUGCAACCGCAGUUUCCAAUGAACCCUCAGUUCCAGAUGCUGAACAACAACAGGCCACAGUCUCCAAUGAACCCACAUUUCCAAAUGCAACCGCAGUUUCCUAUGAACCCUCAGUUCCAAAUGCUGAACAAUAACAGGCCACAGUCUCAAGGGUUUAACGCUGGGAAGUCUUCUGAGCGGGGAAAGGGGCCACCAUGGUCGUGGCAGAGAUAGUUGUAGGGGUCGGUUUGGACGUGGGCGAGGGCAACAGUGUGGAUGAAACUGUAUCUGUGAAGCAUUUUGAUGUGUGUGAAAAGCAUGUUUUAUUUGGUUUUGUAUGCCAAAUUUUUGUGGUAAAUUAAAUUAACUCAGUUAUGAUUAAUAAUGAACGCCG